GAAACUAAAUAAAGAUGUGACAGAUUAAAAAUAUAUUUUAUCCUUAAAUAAACUUGUUGGCGAAUAUUUUCUUUGGAUUGUGAGUAAAUUAGCUUGUUCUUUUGGCCAAUGGUAGAACUCUGCAAGUUCAUUGAGUAUGCGAUGGUUGUGGAAUGGAACUUGGUUGUAGUCUGGGGUUGGCUGGAUUUUGAGUUCAUGUUUUCUGGAUAGGAUGUGGGCAUACUAGUUAUGUUCUUCAUAGUAAAAAGGAUGAUCUGGGUGUGAAUAUGAUUCAAUAGAGUGUACAAUGGCCUCAAAGUAAAACUUGAAGAUCAUUUUUUCGCAUCACAAAAGACAAAAAAGAACAUCCUGAAAGGUUAGAGGUCUUGCACCAAGAAGACAAUAUCAUAGCCCUGGUUGUUUUAGCUUCAUUGGGGUUUGAAGGGAAAAAUGUCGUUUAAGAGAUCAAAAUCAGUGACUGAAAGAACUCUAUCUACUGAAGAGGAGCAGAUGAAGGUUCUAGAAGUCAAAAAGAUGAUUGGUCCAAUUGCUGAGAAGUGCUCAGUUCUGUGCUCGGAUGCAUCAAUUCUAAGAUACCUUAGAGCGCGCAGUUAUAAUACUAAGAAGACUGCAAAGAUGUUGAUAGGCACCAUAAAAUGGAGGCUGGAGUUCAAGCCUGAGAAUAUUCAAUGGGGUGAUAUUGCUCAAGAAGCUGAGAGAGGAAGGCUGUAUAAAGCUGAUUACUUGGACAAGCAAGGAAGGAUUGUUUUUGUUAUUAGACCUGGUAUUCAGAGUACAAACACUCCAAUUGCGCAAAUCAAGUAUCUAAUUUACUGUUUGGAGAAUGCCAUAUGGAAUCUAGGUUCCAAUCAAGAGCAGAUGGUUUGGCUCAUUGAUUUUCAAGGGUGGAACACAGCAUGCUUGUCUAUGAAGGUUGCACGAGACACUGCUCAAAUCCUGCAGGCUCAUUACCCGGAGAGGUUGGGCAUUGCAAUUUUUUACAAUCCACCAAAAGUGUUUGAGUCAUUUUGGACGAUGGUGAAACCAUUUCUAGAACCCAAGACUCACAAAAAGGUGAUAUUUGUUUACCCUCAUAACCCAAGAAGCUGCGCGGUGAUGGAAGAACACCUUGACAUGGACAAGGUGGAAUCCUAUUUUGGUGGGAAAACUUCAGUUGGAUUCAACUAUGAAGCUUAUGCUCGGAAAAUGAAAGCAGAUGAGAGUACCAUGUCUCGUGUAUUUGAUUCAUGUUGUUCAUCAUCGCCCGGACUUUUAGACUCAAAAUCUCUCGAACCAGUGCAGUCACUUAACAGUGCUUCUGUGGGUGAAGCAGCAUCUAGGGAGAAAGCAAUUUGUUCAAACUUGGAAGAUGCUGAUGGUAGUACAAAUGGAAAGAUAACGUGCUCCCAGUAUGAAUCCAAUAAGGUCAAUGAACCAAACAAGAUAUAAAGGGCUGAAUCAGAAGAAAAGUAGGCAUAGGCAAGGUGGAUUAUAUUACUCAUUCAAACUACACAAACACUGAACUUCAAUCAGUAUGCAUUAUAGGUUUGAAAGUGUCAUCUGAACCAUUACUUUCUCAACCAAAGCCACUUGUGGUCCAGACCAGCAUGGAUCCAAAUCUCACUCAAAAAGAUAAAAGUUUGAGUUGGCUCAUGUGGCAUUAGAAUGUCAGAAAAAUUCAAGAAAUAGAAAUUUCAGAUUUCUUUCAUGUUACUUUUUCCCUCUCCCUAAGUUUCUCUAUCUUUCUGUGUGUUGUGGUGGGGUUCUGAUAGGGUGUGUUUCAGUGAUUGUGAUUGCUAUUUGUUCAAUGUCAAGCUAUGAUGAGAAACACCUACCACCCUUUCAUGUACUAAGGUACAACCCAAGACCUAAUUCACAAAAAGUUAAUUUUCCUUUAAACAUGAAAAUUUUGUAGA